AUGUCUCCUAAACACAUUAAAAGUUUUCCAUUUUCAGUUGAGGUCCGUGGGCAACACAACCACUCGACUGAAGUAGCGGAAGGUCUUAACGAGCUGAGAGUAUCAGCAAGUACGAAGGUGGUGUUUGAGCAGUACUUCGAGCAAGCUAUUACGGCACCUCAGGCACAUCGGCAUCAUGUCCUGAAGAUGGACCUGUGUGAUGAUAUAUAUGGCCAAGCUCAUCAUGCUAUAAAUCCAUCAAAGAGAGCAAUUCAGUAUAUGUUUGAUGUGUGGCGGAAGAGGAAACAUGGUGGCCUAAAUACGCCAAUCAUGUUUGAUGCCAUACAGAAGUACGCAGAGAACAACCCAGAGAUCAUUCUGAGAAUUGAGCAUUCUCAAGGCAGCUUCUGCAUGAUUUUGAUAACACCGUUUAUGAUGAGGGCCCACAGGCAACUUAAAGAAGCUGGGGAGGUGGUAUUUGUCGAUGCCACAAGCUGUGUUGACCAACUUAACACAGUCAUCAUCCCAUUCCUGUGUUCAGGACCAGCUGGUGCAGUGCCAUUAGCUUUAGUUUUCACAUCUUCUCAAGAUGGAGCAACUGUGACUAAAGGUUAG